AUGUGCGCGGCUAGUUCUGCCAGUACCUUUGUGAAUACACUGGGGGCAGAGGAUAGACCGAAUGGAAGAGCUCGGUACUGGAAGUGCCUCCCCCACAUAGGAGAAGCGGAGAUAUUUUCAGUGGUCUAUGAAGAUGGGGAUAUGAAGAUGGAUGAAAGGACCUUGCACUUGUCUUUAGAUUCCGUGAGUUGUAAAACCCUCCAGUAUUUGCUCUGCCUGCUUCUUGACAUUAAGGAGAAAAGAGCCACCAGACGUCUCAAGACACUGAAGCAGGGCCGGGGUUCCUUGCAGGACUAUGUCAGUGAAUUCCGGCUCCUUAGCCAAGAUUCGGCCUGGAAUGAGGCAGCCCUCAUGGACACCUUUCAAGAUGGGCUGUCGGACGACCUGCAGGAUGAGCUGAACCUGGUCACGUUCCCGUCCCUGCAAUGUGUCGACCACACCCGUCACGUCUGUGCAGGCCAGGUGCUGAGAUUGCCCAAGGUGUCAUUGCCAGCGGAGUUCGCGGAUGUCUUCAGCAAGCAGGAGGCGGACCAAUUGCCGCCACACUGGCCUUAUGACUGCUCCAUUGACUUAGUGCCGGAUGCGCAGCUCCCUGUGUGCCGCCUGUACACCAUAUCCGAGCUGAAGUUAGCCGCAUUGCGGGACUUUCUCGACAAGAACCUCGCCCAGGGUUUUAUCCGGCCCUCGUCUUCGCCACUGUCUGCCCCGGUUUUGUUCGUCCAAAAGAAGACCAAGGAUCUGAGACUCUGUUGUGAUUAUCAUCGCUUGAAUGUGAUUACGGUGCACAACCGUUACCCUCUGCCCCUGAUUACUGAAUUGGAGUGGCUCCGGGAGGCGACAGUGUUCACGAAACUGGACUUGCGUGGUGCGUAUAAUCUGGUUCGAGUCCGGGCAGGGGACGAAUGGAAGAUGGCCUUCGGCACCCGUCUUACUUUGAACAUCUUCAACUUUGCUCUCUAA